AUGGUACAGCGCCUAGAUGACCUUCCUGAGCGCGUUGCUGCGCCGAUUCCACAGCCGGCUGCGCCAGAGCCAGAGCCAGAGCCGGAAUGGCCACCACUCGCACUGUGCGUAUUAGAGAAUAUGCGUGCAUUUCCCAAUUGUAUGCUACUCACGCGUGUGGGCGGAUUUUACGAGUGCUACUUUGACCAGGCCCCGCAGCUUGCGUCGCACAUUGGAAUCAAACUCGCGACGCGGCGCUGGGCUGGACAGACGGUACCGAUGGCCGGGUUUCCGAUUCACCAGCUGGAAAAGUAUUUGAAGGUGCUUGUGCAGGAUAAAGGCUUGCUGGUUGCGAUUUGCGAAGAGUUCAAGGAGACCAAUGCCGCAAACGCUGCUUUUCAGAGGCGUGUUACGCGCGUUGUUUCAGCAGGCACACUGAUUGACGAGCGCUUUUUGGACCCUUUUAGCAACAAUUUUAUUCUUGCAGUGUCCGAGACAUGUUCGGGGUACGGCCUCGCGUGGCUCGACGUGAGCACCGCCGACUUUCAAACCAGCGAAUGCGCGGACCAGAAUACGUUGCGCGACGAGAUUGUUAGAGUAAACCCGCGCGAGGUUGUGCUCAUGCAAGAUGCAUUUUCAGAACAUACUUCUGAUGUUGUGCUACCGAUUUGGGAAGCGCUGGAUAUUGUGCGUUCUUCUGUAUCGUAUAUCGACCCAUCAUCGCACAGCCGCUCCGACACGCUGCUGCACAGUGCAGCGGGCCGCGACGCCUCUUCUGCUGAGCGUGCCGCAAUUGCGAUACUGACAAGGUAUCUAGAAACACGGCUCAUGGAACACAUGAACGGUCUUCACGUGGAUGCCGCCGGCGAUGUACCGCGGCGUCAGGCGAGAGAAGCGAUGCAUUUGAAUGCACAUACGCUAGGCGCCUUGGAAAUCCGCGAGACUUCGCGCGAUGGAAGCGUGCGUGGGAGUUUGGCGAGUAUUCUGCGCCGCACCAUGACACAGGGCGGUUCACGGCUUUUUGCACAGUGGCUUUCGCUGCCUAGCACCUCGAUCCCGCUCAUUCAGGCGCGGCAUAAGCUGGUGGAUCUUUUCCUUGCGCACGAUUUUAUGCGCAACGAUGUGCGCCAUAUGCUGCGCACUGGCAUUGGCGACAUUUUACGUACGCUACAGCGCCUGAGUUUACGGCGAAAUGACGAGCAAGACUUGCUGGAAAUUCGUGACUUUGUACAUACAACCGAUGCGAUCCUUGUGCGUUUGCGCAAAGAUACCCACAUCUCAAACAGGCCGGGCUGGGAUGUGCUGCAAGAGAUGCUACUCAAGUUUCGCUCGCUUUCGGAUCUCGGUACUCGACUCGGAGAAGCAAUCGACGAGCGCGUGAUUGAAAAACGGAUGGAGCGACAGGAAGCGCUGCUCCAAAGGACUGAUGCUGCGCUUGGCGGCAGUGACUCGGCAAAAGGUGCAGAGCCAAGCACAUUGGAGAAGAAACGCGCGCGGAAAAAUUUGGAGCCGACACCGCUCACACUGCCAGCGCCCAUGUGGGGCGACGAUUUUGAACAUUUGAUUCGUCCCGACGCUUCGCCUGUACUCCGUGCACUGACGGAUGAAUACAAUGCGUUGCGCCGGCAGGCGCGCCGCCUGGAAAACAGUUUGCGCAAUACGUACCAGGAGCCUGUAACCCUCAAGUUUCUCCUUGGACAAGGGCAUGUAGUCCACUUUCCCUCGGCGCGUGGGGCGUCGGACGACGUCGAAGAUCUCUCUUUGGCAUACAAGACAAAGACCACACGGACCUAUUACCAUGCCAAGUGGACGAAAAUUGGGAUGAAGUUACAAAAGCUUGCGUCACGGCUUUCAGAGCGCGAGGCACAGAGCUUAGAAGCACUUCGACAAGAGGUGCUGCAAGAGUCAGCAUCGCUGCGUAGGAAUGCGCGGCUCAUUGACCAACUCGACGUUCUGCUUUCUUUUGCACAGGCAGCAGAAGAGCUGAGCUUGGUGCAGCCAAUGAUAGACGAUUCAACCUCGUUGGAUAUUUGCGGUGCACGCCAUUUAAGCGUGGAAAUGGGACUGCUGGAACGACAGCGACUAUUUACAAAAAAUGACUUGUUCAUUGGCGAGCGCACGCCAUUGCACUUGAUCACUGGACCCAACAUGGGCGGAAAAAGUACAUUUUUGCGCCAGAAUGCCAUUAUUGUUGUGCUUGCGCAAGCUGGGAGUUUUAUUCCGGCGGAAUCGGCGCGCAUGGGUAUUGUGGAUCAGAUCUUUAGCCGCGUCGGCGCUAAAGACGAUUUGUUCCACGCGCGGAGCACAUUUAUGGUGGAAAUGUCCGAGACGGCCGAGAUUCUGUGCCGUGCAACAUCUCGCAGCUUGGUGAUUGCGGACGAAAUUGGGCGCGGCACGAAUACUGCUGUUGGCUUGUCGAUUGCGUUUGCGACUAUGCAUACGCUGGCCACCAAGCUCGGCUGUCGCACCUUGUUUGCUACUCAUUAUUACGAACUUGCUGAUCUCUUGGAACAUGUGCGCAGCAUUCCUCGGGAAGAUGCGCAGCAAGCACACGCAUUUUGUGACCGCAUAGGCUUUUUCUGUACGACGCUCGAGCAGCAUCCCAUGGGGCUGCGCUACUCACACCGAGUGCGUCCAGGCGUGAACCGCGAGUCCCACGGCUUAGAAGUCGCACGUAUUGCGGAUAUGCCUCAAGACACGAUGGAUCUUGCAGCGCGUACACAUGCGUGGCUCCAAUCCAACAGCUUGGCGCGAUUGCAAACGCAUGGGCUGGUUAAAGAUCUACUGGAUAGGGGUAAUCAACCGUAA